CGUUCGUGUAAUUUAAGGAACAAGUCGGCGUGUGUCGAUGGAGAAGAAGCUUGCAGAGUUCAGAGCCAGACGACAGGCUGAAAAGGCUGUUAGAAAGGAUGAGAGCGCUGGUCAGCAGUGCAUAGCUCAGACAUCAGGGGACUCAGCUGCUCAGGCGGAUACAACAUCAUCAGCUGACAGUCAAGAAGCAGAGGAGACAGAAACAAGCAAAGAUUCAACCCAAAGCUCUGAAAGCAAGGACCGUAGUGACUGGCUGCUGGACAGCGCUCUGGGAAGAUGGCUGACUUCGAGACAGUUUGUCUUCUCAAACCUCACUUUGCUUAAAGUGCUGCUGUGGCUGGUGCUGCUUGGUCUGUUUGCUGAACUAGAGUUUGGCCUGCCUUUCUUCAUCAUCUCCCUCUUCUACUGGCUCUACGAAGGACUCCGUAGCCCAGCUGCCCGCGAGCCGGGAGAACUGAGCGCUUAUUCUGUCUUCAAUCCGGACUGUCAGCCUCUGCUGGGCUCUCUCACUGCAGAGCAGCUGGAGGGAGAGAUGGGUUACAGACCUCUGGCUAACAGAUGAAUUGCUUGUGAUUUAAAUUAUAUAAAACAAAUCACAUCUUUUUGUCUGUUCAGAAAUGUUAAUUUUAUUCAGGAAUAUGCAGGAUACAAUAUUAAAUUGAAUUUGUUAUUUCUGUAUAACACAUUAAAUUGAGUUUGGCCUACUUACAGUUUUA